AUGGCACCGAGAUGCUAUGCCCUCGUGUCGAGCUGCUCUCGAUGCCGCCUGGCUGUCCCGGCGCACCGCCAGCUCUCCGCUGCCGUACCCGCAGCAAUCGCACAUGUGCUACCUCACGACGCCGGCGCAGCUCCGGGGCCAUCAUCACAACGCCGCCCUUACACUAGCAGCUCGAGCUUGCCGCUUUCUGCGUCUCAGCGACCAGCAAGUCCAUUCCCUUUGAUCGAUGGGCAACAACGCCGACGCUUCAACGCCACAGCCCUGACUAGCGCAAAGAAGAAGGCCAAAUCCAAGGCAUCCUCAUCCUCCGCAGCCGCUGACGACCAAGCGGCCGCGUCAUCUCGAUAUCCUCCACUGCCACUGGGCUGGCAAGCCGUCAUCGGCGUCGAAUGCCACGUCCAGAUCAAGGACAAACACAAGCUCUUCAGCUCCGCACCUCUCCCUACGCCCUCCUCCCCACUCAACUCUCUCGUCACCCCGUUCGAUGCCGCGCACCCAGGCACUUUCCCUACGCUCAACCGGUCCGCCCUCAGGCUCGCUGCACGCACCGCUCUCGCCCUCAACUGCAAGGUGCACGGCGAAAGCCGCUUCGAUCGCAAACACUACUUCUACUCGGACCUCCCCGCCGGCUACCAGAUCACACAGAAGUACGCUCCACUCGCCAACAACGGUAGCGUCAAACUCAGCUUCCACGACGGCCAUCUGCCUAGCCCGGAAGACGAAGUCACGGUCGAGAUCGAGCAGCUCCAGCUCGAACAAGACACCGCCAAGUCGAGCUACUUUGACACCGGUACCACGUCACGCCUGGACGCCAGCAGACAAUCGCCUGCCGAUGCGGUGCCGGAAGCCACGCUGCACGAGGCGGACGAUGAGCGCGUGCAGCGUAGCUUUGUCGACCUCAACCGGGCCGGUGCUGGGCUGAUGGAGAUCGUGAGUGGGCCGCAGAUGCGCACGCCCGAGCAGGCCGGCGCGUAUGUGCGCAAGCUCCAGGAACUCGUUCGCCGCGUUGGUGCUUCGGAUGGAAACAUGCAGGAAGGCUCGCUUCGCUGCGACGUCAACGUGUCUGUCAACCGCGUAGGCGAGCCGUUCGGCACGCGCUGCGAGGUCAAGAAUCUUAACAGCGCGCGCUUCAUGAUGAACGCCAUCUCCCACGAGGCACACCGUCAGGUGCAGCUGCUCGAGCAGCCGGGAGGUCGCAUCGAACAGGAGACCAGGGGUUACAACGAGUCGAAUGGUACAACCUUCCGGCUGCGUGGAAAGGAGGAUGCGCCGGAUUACAGGUACAUGCCCGAUCCGAACUUGCCGCCGGUGUUGCUGUCCGAGAUGCAGAUCCAGGAGCUUAGGAAUGGGCUUCCCGAGCUGCCGGAUGCCAAGCGCGCGAGGCUGAGCAAGCAGUACGGCCUGGCGAGCCGCGACAUCAAUGUGCUUAUGCGCGUCGGAUCCGAGGACGACAGGGAUGGCCGCGUCGUCGCGUCCAUUGGCGAGGAUGGCCAGGCAAGCUCGGAUGCGGUCGAGUACUUCGAAAGAGUGGCAGAAGGGAGGAACGCUCAGACCGCCCUCAACUGGAUCAUUCAUGAGCUCAUGAAGGGUCUCAACGCCAGGAAUUUGCCGUUCAGACAGUGGUAUCUGCCAGCCCACUACCUCGGCCAGCUCAUCGACCUUGUAGAAGCCGGCCAGGUGACUGGUACUACGGCCAAGGCUGUCAUUGCCGAUGUGCUUUCGUCCGCCAGUGCCUCUUCGGCAUCUGUCAUCUCGCUGGCUGAGUUAGAUCGUCUGGCGCAAACUUCUACGACGCCAGUAUUCGAUCUGCUGCAGAAGCAAGAGCUGCUUGCGCUCGCCACCACGCAGGACCUGCUUCCGCUCGUCGAGUCGGCAUUCCGGCGCUUGCCAGACGAAGUCGCCCAGGUGCGCAAGGGCAAUCUCAAGGUCGCCAUGCGCAUCGUAGGGCAGGUCAUGAAAGACGCAAACGGUCGUGCAGAUGCCAAGCUCGUCCACACGACCAUUCUGCAGCAGCUCGCACAACCUCCGUCCUCAUCAUAG